CUAAUACAUAUAUCGAUGCGGUGCUUGAGGCUGAAGAUGUCUAGAUACCAAGUCUCGGAGCAACUGCCCGUGAUUUGGCUGUGUUAAGGGUCACGGUUCAGCCACAACACUAUAGCAUAUUGGUGAGGAUGGUGUACAUGUCCGACCUGAUCUGCCUUGUGCAUAGCUCUAGUCAGAUGAAUGGUGGUGGUGCAAAUAAUGGGGUGCUGGCCUCAUCGUGUGGGGUGAUAUAGCUAGUCUUGUCUGCCCUGACAUGUAGACCUACUAGUAUUCGUUUGUUCAACAUUGGGAAAGUAUCGUGCGAUCCUUGCCUCCCUUUGUCUGCGCAUUUACAUGGGUUCUCAGACGAGGAAUUUACGUUCCAUCUGGUUGUCAUGUUUGGCUUUCUUUCUUUUCAACACUACAAACAAUACUACAAUCGUUACUCUUCUCACAUUUUCCACACUGUCACUCACCUCAUCCGUCAUUCCUACUGCCAUACACAAAGCAACUUUCCUUAGAAAUCAGGAGCACGUCUCAAUUUAUUAACAGACUUGUUCAUUACAAGGGAUUCCCAACGUGUGCAGCUCUACAUAUAACACAAAACAGUCCCUGGAACAUUCGCAACAACGGAAGAGAGCACGAUGAGUGACAAUCUCUCAAUUGCUAACUUGCCUGACCAGAGAUGGAAAAUCUCUCUUCCACCUCCAGAACUAUUACACAGUCCGCCUGGAACCUCGCAUGAGAUCGAAAGUAUACUGGAAAGUUCCAUAGAGCAACUUCAAGCGUUGUUUGCAUACGAAGCUCGCCUAGAACGGCAACAACAACUCGCAGAAGAGAGGAACCGCCUGGAACUAAAACGAGUUGCCGCUGUAGAAAAUAGUUUCCAACAACAACAGGAACGGCAUCUGCUUUCCAUAUUGAAGGAGCGCUCGGAACGGGAAUUCACUGCAACAGGGGGGAAGCUGCAACGACAGCAACAGCUUGCUGCAGACGAGCAUAAUUUGGAACAGGGAGACCUUGCUGCGGAGACCUCGGGACUCACUGUAGGAAAUCCCUCUGGGCACCGACGAAAUGAUAGUUCUUCGGCAAACAAGUCAAAGGGGAAGGGGAAAAGCAAGCAAGAACCCCAGGAGAAUCUGCCAAUGGUUAACUCCCAACCGACCUCAUCACGCAACGGCUUUGGCAAUGGCAGUGGUGGCCAACCGAAUGUCAUUGCCCCACCUCUCCAGACCCAGGGGCACAUAUCUACAUCGGCUCCAAAGAAACCAGCAGCACCAGCUGAAAUCCCCGCAUCGCCUAUGGUCAGUCCACCAGCUCGCGAAGCGCUUCAAGGGAGUCGGUCAGUAUUCCGAAGGGGCCCUCCAGCGUAUACAGAGUCUUCUUCAGCAGCCGCGGCGAGACUGCCAGCUGCUACGAAGGGUUCUCCCACAUCUGUGGGGUUCCCACCAUCGGAUAUAGGGAGUUCCUCGUCACGUAAAUGGGGUCUUCGUCUCCUCCGACCAUAUAUGGCGACCGUGUUUAAGCCAAGGAGCCAAUCAAGCCGUGGUAUCUUAUCCAGAAGUACUUCGGAGUCUAUUCCAAAGACGGUGGAAUGUGUAUCAUGUAUGGAAGAUUUUGACAUUAAAGAAACGGUCCAUAUGACGUGCCAUGAUUACUGCAGCCCAUGCUUCAUCCUUCUCAUCGAGACUUCGAUUUCAACAGAGACCUCAUGGCCACCCAAAUGUUGUCUAAAUGAAGUCCCAAAAGCCACAAUUCUGAACCACAUCCAUGGCAAGCUAAAGACACGAUACGAAACCAUGCUCGAAGAACGCUCUAUCGCAAUCGAAGAUCGAGUCUACUGCUCCAAACCUUCAUGCGGUUCCUGGAUUCCACAUCAUAAAAUUGACAAACACUCAAUGCUAGCACGGUGUGCCCGAUGCCGCCACAAAACCUGCAUGGUAUGCCGAGGCCCUUACCAUUCAAAUGGGGAAUGUCCCGAUGACCCCGCCCUGAGAGAGACUAUACGCUGUGCCCUCAAUGCAGGCUGGCGCCGCUGCUACAAAUGUAAUGCCCUCGUCGAGCAUGCUCAGGGGUGCAGUCACAUGACCUGUCACUGCAAGGCACAGUUCUGUUACACGUGUGGCCUCAAAUGGAAGACUUGUACAUGUACCGAGAUCGAGCUAGAGGCAUACUUGAUUUCCGCCGACUGGCGGAGAGAAACCGCAGCGUCCCAGGCUCAGAUUAGGCAGGCGGCCUUUGCAGCGCUAGACAGGGAGGUACGAGCCGACCAGACCGAACAUGCCAACGAACUUAGAGAGGUUUUGAAUCUAUUGGACAGUGCCGAGGAGAGAACUCCGGCACAGAGAGCUGCGGAAGAGAGGGCAUUUAAAGUGGUGGCCGAGCGGGAGGCUGAGCAGGACCGUUCCCGGGAUUUCGAGGCUAAAUUACAGAUGCUGCGCGAAGAGAUGGACCUUGUACAUUCUAUCCAGCAGAUUGCGAAUUUCGAUCGCUUCGAGGCGGAGAACAGGGUGCUUGAAGAUGAAGCUAAAGAGGAGAUAGCUGAGAUCGACGAUUAUUUCCGUGCGCUGUCUCUGGAGGAAAGGGAUGGCAUGGUGGGCGAAUAUUUGAUACUGCUCAGACGAGCCGGCAUAGAACUUACUGAUGAAAUGAUAAAUGGAGCCGGUAAAAAGAUGGAUAUGUCAAAAGCAAUUGACGAACAAAUAGCAUACGAAUUAAGGCCCAGCAUUCUCAAGAGCUCUGUAGAACUCAAAAGAGAGAAGGAAGAAACGGCAAGAUACGCAGAAUUCUUUAAGCGACAAGGCAAGGAGCCCACUGAGCAUCUCAUCAAUGUAGCGCGCAAAGCUGCGGCAAGACGGACGGUGAAGAUGCACCAAUUGGCGCGAGAGGCAAGGCACGACCAACAGAGUGCUAAGGUUAAUGCGAUACUGGAAGAAGAGCAAGAGCUGCUCAGGGUUGGGCACCAGACGGAUAUGAAAUGGUUUGAGGAAGUCGCGAAGGUUAGAGAUUCACUACUGAUGCAGAUGACGGUGGAUGAGUAUUCGGUGUAGCCUUGGAUGGUGUCUAAUGAGCGGACCCAGAGAGCGCGGGUUUAGAAUGUAGUCUCAUCUGAAACGUUACAGAUCCCCCAAAAUAGAGACCAG